AGGUCCUUCAGCAGCUCCUAAAUCACUGCAGAAAAAACAAGGACAAGGUUCUUCUUUUCUCCUUCACAAAGCUUCUAGAUGUUUUGGAAAGAUACUGCAUGGCGUCAGGACUGGAAUAUCGGAGACUUGAUGGAAGCACCAAGCCAGAAGACAGAGUAAAAUAUUGUAAAGGAGUUCAACAGUGAGCAAGAUGUGAACAUUUGUUUAGUUUCAACUAUGGCUGGUGGACUAGGGCUUAAUUUUGUUGGUGCAAACAUAGUGGUGAUCUUUGAUCCAACUUGGAAUCCAGCAAAUGACCUCCAGGCAAUUGACAGAGCCUAUCGAAUUGGACAGUGCAGGGAUGUAAAAGUAUUUAGGCUAAUAUCCCUGGGCACCGUGGAAGAAAUGAUCUAUUUAAGGCAGGUUUACAAACAGCAACUUCACUGUGUGGCAGUUGGAAGUGAAAAUGCUAAACGCUACUUUAAAGCUGUCCAAGGAUCAAGAGAGCAUAAGGGUGAAUUAUUUGGGGUCCACAACCUAUUCAGACUGAGAACUCAAGGCACAUGUCUGACAAAGGAUAUUUUAGAGCGAGAAGGUCAAGUUGAAGCAGGAAUCAGGAGUGCAACCAUGUACUUAAAUCAGCAAUCCAUAACGAGCAACACAAACACUGAUGAAGGUAUAGCGAAAGAUGAGAAGAAUCUUAAAUCCGAUGAUCAGCUUCAGAAGGAAGGCUUUGAUUUCAGUAGUGAUAGUGAUGAUGAAAUAAAUGAUGGUUCAAGGAAGAAAAGUAGCAUCUCUGCAGGUGCAGACCGUGGUAAACAGCUUACAUUACAGCAGUGUGGUUUUUCAAGAUUGCUUGAGGGAGCACUUGGUAAUCAAGACAAGAAAUCUGAAAAAGGCUCAAAAUUUACUGGGAAAAAAAAGAGGAAGUGGUCAUUUGAGCUUGAAUGUAUCAUCUGAUGAA